AUGAGUAGAUUAGUUGUUUGCCUAACAAGAGGAUUCCGUUUUCUUCGUAGAAUGGUGACAUGCUGUGUUCCUAAGAAAGUAAGUGUAACAAUCGUUUUUAAUAAAGUUUAUUUUGGUUUUGUUGGGUUAAUCUAAUAAGAAAUAUUAGCUUAAUCUAAUUAUGACAUAUUAUUUUCAGGUUCGCUCACGUUCUUCUGUUAAUAAUUCAAUAAAUAGUUCUAUUUCAGGUAAUAACAUAAUAUUAUAUUUUGGAUUUUCUAUUAUAAGUGGAAAUUAUAAAUUAAAUUAAACAACUUAAUUUUUUUUUUAUCGAUCUAUCUAUUUUUUAACUAAAGAGUUAAUACUUAUUUUAAAUCGAAAACUAGGAGUUCAGAUUUCUAAUUGGUAUUUAUAAAUUGUAUGGAAUUGCUAUUUCAAAAAAAAUCUGACUAAUAUUUCGAUACUAAUUUAGAAGAACGUGCAGUUGUAGAGUUAGGAACAUACGCUGUUGAACAAGUUUUCGAAGAUGCUAUAGAUGUUAUGGUUAAAGACAUCUUAAAUAAUAUUACAUACGCUGAGUUAGGAACAUACGCUGUUGAACAAGUUUUCGAAGAUGCUAUAGAUGUUGUGGUUGCUAUAGAUGUUGUGGUUAAAGACAUCUUAAAUAAUAUUAUCGAAGAAGUUGUAAUGAAAACAACCAUCAAUUGUGUAGUGCAAGAUUCAGUUGAAGAAGAUAUAGCUAUAGAUGUUGUGGUUAAAGACAUCUUAAAUAAUAUUUACGAAGAAGUUGUAAUGAAAACAACCAUCAAUUGUGUAGUUCAAGAUUCAGUUGAAGAAGAUAUAGCUCUAGAAAGUAUAAAUGAUNCCAUCGAUGGAUGA